AGCAGCAUUUGUCCUUUGACAAAUGGCGCACGGCUGCGACUGGGUCUGGCUCUGGAUCGUCUUCUGGUCCCCAAUUAGAGACUAACGGCAGCAACAAUAUGAUAAUGCGCAGAGCUAGCGCCUGCACGAUGCCCUCGGGGGGAUCGGGAGCAGCGGCCACAUCAUCAUCGACUUCGACAUCACAGCGAGAGGAUAUCACAACGCCUGGCGAAUCGCCUGGUAGUCGUCUCUCACGUUGGUUCUCCAUAAGACGAGGAUCCUCGCAUCAAUACGAUGUGGGCGGUCGUGAUGGCCGGCAAUCGGCAGCUUCUAGUUUUGACAUACCUGAUACAGCGAUGCCCUCUUCAGCAGCAGCAGCAGCAGCAGCAUCAGCUAACGCUGGUCAGUCAGGCACAACUCUUGAUGCCGCCUCGCCUCAGAAAUUGGCCAAUUUGGGUGCCAUGAAAAUGAUGCCAGGAGUGCCAGAGUAUGAAGAUGAUGAGUCCGGAGCUGGAACCGGCGGCAGUACACGCUACAAUCUGGAUCUUAUGAUACCAGCUGGUCAUCAAGCCAACGGAACUCCACGCAGUGCCCACAAUCGUCUCAUAGUGCCAACGUUGCCGCCAGCUCCAGCUGGCCUGUCACAGCAGCAGCUGAAGCGUCGUCACAUUGUGGCCGCCAUUGUGCAUAGCGAGAACUCCUAUGUGGCCACACUCCAGCGUCUAGUCAAUGAUUACAAGAAACCCUUGGAAGAGUGCUGUCCACCUGUAUUGAAUCCUGUGAAAAUUGCCACUUUAUUCCAUUGCCUGCCGGAUAUAUUACACUCACAUAAACUGUUUCGCAUUUCGCUGGCGGAAUGCGUACGCAAUUGGGACCGUGAUGAGAAGAUUGGUGAUUGUUUUGUCAAUGCGUUUGGAAAGCCACAAUUGCUUGAGAUCUAUUCAGGAUUCAUUAAUAACUUCUCAGUGGCCAUGGAAUUGGCCAAAAUGGAGGAGAAACGCAAAUCGGCAUUGGCUGAUUUCUUUAAAGUGAAACAGAUUAGUGCCCACGAUCGAUUAUCGUUUUUUGGAUUGAUGGUUAAGCCAGUUCAACGAUUUCCCCAGUUUAUAUUGUUUCUGCAGGAUCUGUUGAAAUAUACACCGCAAGGACAUCAUGAUCGUAUGUCGUUACAGUUGGCUCUGUCGCAGCUGGAGCUGCUGGCCGAGAUGUUGAACGAGAGCAAACGCGAAGCGGAACAAUAUCAAGCAUUCAAAGAGAUGCUUGGCCACAUUAGUGGCACCUUCAAUACCCGAUCCCUGAGCAGUGUCAGCAUUAGCGAUAAUGGAUCAAAUCGUCCGCGCUAUUUGCUGCGUGAGGAUAAUGUGACCCAUAUGGAAUUCAAUCAGGCUGGUCUAAUAGUCAAAUGGAAACAGAGGCGUCUACUUCUGCUCAAUGACAAGGUGAUCUGUGUCUCGGUGGCUCCCAAGCAAUCACAUGAUUUCGGUGCCACCGAGAAGCUAACAUUUAAAUGGAUGUUCCCAGUCAACGAUGUGGAAAUUGUCGAUAAUAGCACAUCGGCCACAUUAUCUAGACUCUUGACAGCGGGUCUCAAUCGUGGCGGUAGCCUGAAGUCAAAUGGCAGUAGUAGCAAUGCCAAUCAUAAUUCAAACAGUGGCACACUUCCUGGCCAGCCUUAUGAUCCGCAUAGCUCGCCAGCGGCUCAGCUAACAAAUGGAGCCGACAAUCUUUGCAAUGAGAUGAGCACUUUAAUGUACGAUUACGAGGUGAUCUCACGUAUUCAUGAUCUGGUUGGCAGUCUAAAGGGUAGCUACAAGGAACUCAAUGCCAAUACCACACGAAAUGUGUUGAACACCAUUCAAGGAUCCAUACAGCGGAAAGAUGAAGAAAUGGCAUGGGUGGAUUCGUGUUGCCUGCAACUGAUUGGACGCCAUAAGUCUGGCAAAGAGGAGACUUUCACAUUUCAGACCCUAACGCCAAAUGUAAAGAAGGAAUGGAUAACCGAACUGCGUUUGGCCCAACUGGCCUUGGAUCCAAAUAAUUCACCAGCCUGGGAACGUGGCGGUUCACAAGUUGCCCCAUCCGGUGUGGCCAGUGGAAGUGCUGGAGGAGUAUCGGGAGGCGCUGGCGCGGGAGGAGUUAUAACUGGCUCUGGUGGUGGAAUUGGAGGAUCCCAAUCGAUGCCAGGGGCAUGUGGUGGAAUGACAGCAAUAGGAGGACUUAGUCACGAUGAGGCCGUACAGCAGAGGCAAUCACGCAAAAUGCCGCUCUUUGUCAAGGCAAUGCCCGUCUAUAGGUCACAGCAUCAAACGGAGGUGCGCUGUGGUUGUUAUUAUAGCAUUGCCAAUGACACUAAGCAGAGCGGGAAUGCACGACGUCGUCACAAGCAGUUGAACUACUUGUGGAUGUGCAGCAGUGAUGGAACCUCAUCACACAUAACUGUCCUUGCCCAGCAUCCGCAACAGGCGGGCAAUUUACGUGAAGCGGGCGCCUUUGAUUUGUUCGAAACGCAAGUCUCUGCCUUGGAGUUUGUCAAGGGACUGGAUCAAUGCCGCACACGGGAAGAGCAUGGCAGUCUGCUCGGUGAUCUUGUAUGGCUUGGCACGGAUAGUCGCAAGCUUUUGGUCUACUCAGCCCGAAAUCCAGAGCAGGAAGAGCAACUGGGUAGCUAUUCAGUACCAGGAGCUGUUCAACGUAUACUCUAUCAUUUCGAUGCCGUCUAUGUGGCCCUGUCCAAUGCCACAAUACUGAUCUAUCGUCGUGCCCACGAUGGGGUGUGGCAGCUAAGGGAUCCCCAGAUCAUUUCAUUGGGCGAUUCGGGAUUGCCAGUGCCCAGCUUGUUGCCCAUCAAUAUGAAUAUUUAUGCAUCAUGCGCCAAUCGGGUCUAUGUGAUGAACGCCCUCAAUGGCGAGAUUCAGCGCAGUUUUGAGGUCCAGCACGGUGCCAGUCAGCAGGUUAAUCUAAUGGCUCACUCUGGCAUUGGGCUCUGGAUCUCGUUGAAGAACUCGACCAUGUUAUGCCUCUAUCAUACGGAGACCUUUAAGCAUUUGCAGGACAUUAAUAUUGCCUCGAGUGUCCUUCGGCACGAUGGCAAGAAGGAGCAACCGCUAAAUAAUAGUUCCAUCUAUGUUACCGCUCUAAUGGCCUGCAAGGGACUACUCUGGGUGGGCACCAAUGUUGGCAUUGCUGUGACCAUACCACUGCCCCGCCUCGAGGGUGUUCCCAUCAUUAGCGGCGGCAUCAAUAUGUCAUGUCAUGCGCAUUUUGGACCAAUUACCUUCCUUUUGCCCCUCAUACCGAAAGUUUAUCCCACCUAUAAGCCAACGGCUGGUGGAGCCGCUGCAGUCGCUGUGCCUGUGCCCAGCAUGGGUGAGGACUUGCAGUUGCCGGCCAUCGAUGAUACCGAUGCCAAAGGCGAUUUGGAUGACAGUACGGUGAUAUUACGUCGAGAUUUACCGAAACGCGAACAAAACGCUGACCAUCAGACGCCAUCCACCUCAUGCUCGCCGUCACCCAUGGUGGGUGUGCCAACUGUUGCCGUUGGUGUACCCGUUGAGGGGAUACCCGAUUCACCGCGUGGCUCCAAAUUGGAUAAACAGCAUUCGCUGGACCAAAGUUUUACGGCCAAAAUUCGUGCAUCAUUGGCCAAUUCGCCAGCAUUUCAUCGUAAACGUUUUCGUGAUCUAGAUGCACGAAUGUCCAAAACAUUGCCCAGGGGCACAAGUGUCCAUGCUGGUGCUGGUGCUGGUGCUGGAACAGCAUCUGUUGUCGCCGGUGGCACUACGUCGAAUACUAGCACACUAUCCACCCAGCAUAGUGAGCAUGGCUAUUGCGAUGUCUAUGGUCUGUAUGGCAAAUUGAUUUUCGUCAAGGAGGACUACGAUGCUGAGGAGGGGCCACAGAGUAAUCCCAUGGACAUUAUGUACGAGGGUAUGCGUCGCUCCGAUCCCGAAUUGGCUGCGAUACCUGGUAAAGUGUCUACGCUGGAUCGUCGUUUGCAUAUGAAGGCAUCACGACCCCGUUCCUUGGACUUGUCCAAUUGGUCAGUGGACUCGAAAUCAUCGAGCCUCUACACCUCAUCGGGCAGUGAGGAGAGCAUGGGCAUACGUCUCUUUGGUGGACGUAGUGUUUCACGUAAUAGUAGUAGUGCCAGUCACAAAACAUCCGGCACUGGCAGUGAUUUGGGUAAUAUUUCGGAGAAUGGACUAAUGACCACAGCCGAUAUACAUCAUCAUCAGCAACAGCAACAACAACAGCAGCAACAGCUGCAGCAGCAACAGCAACAACAACAACAACCAAAAUCUGAGGAGGCAACACCACCAGCUGCUGCAGUGGCCACUUUAAAACGCAAACAGAAACAAAAUUCCAAGCAGCAACAACAACAAAAUGCCGAUGGACCACGCACAGUCAUCACCCUAAUGGGUGGACGUGGCUAUUGGCGUCAUGUAUGGUAUAAUUCCAGUUCAGCCGGCUCGCCCAGUCAUCACAAUAAGAGUUGCAGCAGCUCCGGUGGUGGCGGUGGAUCCAACUCAUCGGAUAGCAAUUCAUCGCCACUGACGGCCAACUCCAAUGAUGCUCACAUUGUGGUAUGGGAAAAGAAAUUAUAAUCGCAGGAGUUGGUGUGCUGCUGCACAGUCCAACAGCAGCCACAUCAGCAUCAUCCACCCCUAACGGAAAUCUGGCGACGAAUCGAUGACCAGAAACUCCAACAGCAGCAGCGACGUGGACGCGGACGUGUACGUUUUCGUGGCACUUUUAUACAGCGGGAUAAGAGUGCUGGCUCUUGCUCUGGCUCUGGCUCUGGCUCCGGAGCUGAUGGUGGAGGUGGAGCUAGUUUGGGUUCGGGUGGCAUGUUUACAGCCAGUUUGAAGCGUUUAUCCAAGCUGAAACGUGGCGGUAGCUUAAAGGAAUUCUGAAUCUCCUCUCCCCUACCCACCUACCCACCCACCUUUCCCACUUUGUGUAUAGUUUUCAAAUUAGCAUUAAGAUGGCCACCACAUAGUUUACUUUACGUUACUUUAAUCGAUUCAUUAAUUAAUUAUUGUUGGCUCCAGAUUCGAACAAAAGAUUUUUCGGAAAAUUUUUGCUACUUUCUUAUCAUACCGAAAACUCAUUUUCUAGCAUCUUUUUCUUCUUCUCAUCGGCAUAUUUAAUGGUCAUUGAAUCUCAAAAUAUAUACAUAUAUAUCUUAUAUAGCAAAUCUAAGCCUUACAACAAAAAAAAAUUGCUUCAUUAUCCCUUGCAAACUUAAGGAAAUUUUUAUUAUUAU